AUGAACUUCGGAAAUUCAUGCCACGUGUUGAACAUCAAGGAACGUAUCUCCGUGUCGCCGGAGCACAUGAGGAAGGAGAAGGCAGGGAUCGAUGUCCGGGCGGCCGUUGAACACGUGUAUGGUAGGCAACUCAUGUCCUUCAGUAACAAAUUCAGAGGUGUUCCUUUAUCGUACAAAAAUGUCAAAUGUUUUUGUAGGAGAGCUCCAAUGAUGGAUGACGACUACCAAAUCUAUCUGGACAUCCAGUUAGAACUGACAGUCUUCAGACCUCGACUUGGCGAUAUCCUGGAAGGGGUGGUCAAUAAAUUGUCACCAGGUGGACGUCAUGUUGGGUUGUUGGCUCAUGACUUCUUCAACAUCUCAGCUGUUAAUAAUAACUGGAACGAGGAGGAAAUUGAAGUUGGACAAGUUAGGAGGGUGAGGAUCACGGGGAUCACCUCACAUCGCUCCACACUUCAAAUCAGGGGCAAUCUUCUCCCUGGUUUUGCUGUCACAACUACUGCUGACGAUGUUGGUGGUGCUGGUGGAUGUGAAAAGAAGAAGAAAAAGAAAUCGAAGCAUAAAAGCCCGAAUAAGAGUGACCAACUCGAGGAUACAAUUACCCUUGAAAUUGACACUGAGAGUGUGUUGAAUGGAUCGUCUGGAGCUGUUCCAAAAAAGAAGAAGAAGAAGAAAAAUAAGGUCGAUGAUGAUGGUGGUGAUGUUCAAGUUGAUGGUGGCUGUGAGGUUAAUAUCUCUAGAACAGAUGCUAGGUCUCCUACAAACAGCGUUAUACUUGUUGACGAAUCACCCGAAUCACACCAUGACUCAUUCAAAGUUCCAAAACCUCUCAAACGAAGAAAUGAGUCGUUCGCAGGGCUCCAGGAGAACGAAUUCAGUCCAGAGGUGAAUAAAAAGAAAAAGAAGAAGAGAAUGUCCUGCCUCACUUGA